GUGAGGCACAUUUUGUGUGAGAAGCACAGUAGAGCCCUGGAGGCCCUGGAGAAGCUGAAGGCCGGCGUGCGGUUCAGUGAAGUUGCGUCCCAGUACAGUGAGGACAAAGCCAGGCAGGGGGGUGACUUGGGCUGGAUGAGCAGAGGCUCCAUGGUCGGCCCCUUCCAAGAGGCAGCCUUCGCCUUGCCCGUCAGCAGUAUGGACAAACCUGUGUACACAGACCCGCCCGUCAAAACGAAGUUUGGCUACCACAUUAUCAUGGUCGAAGGGCGGAAAUAAAAAAUGUCCUGCUU